ACUACUUGAGGCACAGACCUCAUGUGAGUCAUAUGAACACUCUGGCAUAACACGCUUCUAGCAACAGAGGAGCAGACAGUCGAAAGAAAGAGCUUGAGAUAAUAUUUUUUUACCGAACUCAGGAGAACAUGGGGGAAGCGCUGUGUGUAAAUGCUCUCAAUCCUGGAUCAUGCUGUUGCUGUUCAGAGAGAAAGGGCUCUCAACGCACCCAGAGUACCCAGUCCGUGGAAGUGGAGUCUAUGAUGGAGUUACCAGAUCUGAACAGAGUGCCACAUCCCGUGGAUUCACUUCAAUCACAGUGGUUCCAAACACUCCAGCUACAAAAGUCUGGGGGGAAGAGACCACGGAGUAACAGCGAUCCUUCCCAGGAGACGGAUUUUGUGAAGAGAUUCCAGUGGCAGAGACAGGGCCUCCCGUUUGGAACGGCUUCAUCCUACCUGAAUCUGGAGAAGCUGUGCGAAGGUUCUUACUCUACAGUUUACAAGGGGAUUAGCAGAAUAAAUGGCCAGCUGGUGGCUUUGAAAGUAAUCAGACUGGAGACAGAGGAAGGAGUGCCUUUUACUGCCAUCCGAGAAGCUUCUCUUCUCAAGAGUCUGAAACAUGCCAAUAUUGUGCUCCUGCACGACAUUAUCCAGACAAAGGACACGCUGACAUUUGUCUUCGAGUACAUGCACACAGAUCUGGCACAGUAUAUGGCCCAGCAUCCUGGAGGACUUCAUGCUCACAAUGUCAUGCUCUUCAUGUUCCAACUUUUGCGAGGCCUGGCUUACAUCCACCAACAACACAUUCUUCAUCGUGAUCUGAAACCCCAGAACUUGCUCGUCAGUUGCCUGGGCGAGCUCAAAUUAGCUGACUUUGGUCUUGCUCGUGCCAAGUCCAUCCCCAGUCAGACAUACUCCUCUGAGGUGGUGACGCUCUGGUACCGUCCUCCUGAUGUGCUACUUGGAGCCACUGAUUAUUCUUCUGAUUUGGAUAUCUGGAGUGCAGGCUGUAUAUUGGUUGAAAUGCUCCAGGGUCAACCCAUGUUCCCAGCAGUUACUGGUACUCUGGAACAGCUAGAGAAGAUCUGGGCGGUGUUGGGGGUCCCAACUGAGGAUACCUGGCCAGGACUUUCCAAGCUUCCCAACUAUAAACCAGAGAGGGUCGUCUCCAGUAGACCUCAGAGGCUCCAAAUGAUCUGUGCCAGGCUGGGCCAGGUGCCAGGAGCUGAAGACCUGGCAUCGAAGAUGUUAAAAGCUUUUCCUCGAGAGCGGGUCUCUGCACAGGAUGCACUUGUUCAUAACUUCUUCAGCGCUCUGCCGUCUCGGCUGUAUCAGCUUUGUGAUGCACAGUCACUGUUUACAGUUCCGGGAGUGAGGCUGCAGCCAGAAAUCUGUGACCUAUUUGCUCCUUACCAGAAGGGUCAUCGCCAAGCCAGUUCAAGCAAGUUUUGGUGAAAAACAAGAAUGUUCAACGGCCUUUUAGUUUCACGCCUGUCUGCCAGCUGAUUGGAUUCCCUUCUACAGAGGUGGAGGUCAUCCAAACUAUACAGCUCCAUCUCCCCACAGAAGGUGGACCAGUGUUCCACAAAAAACAGACCUUCCACUCUAUACCACUUACCUAGCCCAUGGUUCACUUCCAGAAUCGUCUGCCUUCUGUCUUUCUUCGCUUACGGGAUAGGAAGGAUCUCAGAAAAGAUCGCUUGGGUAGUCUUCUUCUUCAGCAUGCGCCCAAGUUCCAUGAUGCCAUCUACUAUCGGUGAGAUAUUCCGCAAUGCAGUGUCUUUAGUGCCAACUUGAACCACGACCAACAGAUCCUUGUCCAUCCAUUUCAGAAGCCUAGCCAAUCUUUGAGUAACAUCUAAUGUCUUGGCUCCAGGUAGACAGAACGCCAUGCUGUUGUCCACUUCUAUGUUCUUUCAGUUCUUCUUUGUACUGAAUCCCUAACAAGGAUCAUCUGUCUUCCUUGGACAGUUGGAGAACUCUUUGUGGGCAAACUGGCUUUUCUUACGGGUUGGGCCAAGCUGCCAUCCACAGAAGUAGACCGCCACAUUUCUAUGUUAAAUUCCAACAUUUAAUCUUGUUUGGGGGAAGGGUUGUUUAUUUUUCAAAGAAAAAAUCUCUCCAAUGUACAGGAGUCAGUUGUUAGAUGGUAACAGCUUUUAACAAGUAGAAAGGCAUGGUGCAUUUCCAAAGUGUAUUAUUGACCAUAAUGGCUCUCCAUUGUCAUUGUAUAGUCAUUUACAAGUGCAAAAUGGGUGUCAAAAGCUACCAAGUCAGAAUGGUAGUGUUUUGCACUCUCUUUGCAAAGGUGUAAAUGAACAUACAAGGUUCAGGGCAGUGGAGGACCAAGAGCUAUUUGGAAUGAUUAUGGUCUGAUGUCUCCUUCUAACUAGGGGCCAUUAAGCACCAAAAACAUGUUAAAUGAAAGGAUUUGUAGUGAAUAGAUGGUGACAGAAUUCUGUAAACUGGAAGAUUGGAAGCAGAUCACUUUUUCAGAGUGGUGUUUGUUGGGACUAUGCAUUACAGAUUCCUAUGGAAAGUAGUUUUUGCAAUUGCAGAACAGCUGCUUUUCAAAGCUACCUUCCCUUGCCCCAUAAAACUCAAAUGGCCAAAGGGACAAAUCAUACUUUGUGCUCCUGUGGGUGGGGAAACAUGAAGAUCCUGGCAGAAGGAUGUACUGCCCCUCAGCACUCUCUUCCUAUUCCUGAUCGCAUGAUGGAAGUGGUCCAUGGAUCUGUUUAAAGAAUUUGUAGGUGGGACUUUGGGAUGGAGAGGGCAGGGAAACUGCUUACUCUUCACAGCAUCACUGAUACCACCUGCCAAUUCCAUAGGGAUUUUCUUCCUAAACUACUGAUGACUGGGGAAGCACUAACUUAGGCAGGUUUCCCUUUUGUGAUUUGACACACACACCCCAGCGCAGCCCAGCAGUGAUUUCAGGGGCAACAGCUAGCCAGAGAACACCAUGCCUGGAGUUGUAUUGUCAUGGAGGCUGGGGAGGAGGGGCUACACAGGAAUACAGAGGCACUUGCCUCUAGCAGAUCUCCUAAGAUCCAGGCUGAGUGUGAGGGACCUUGCAAAUUCUGUGGUGCAUCAGGAAGGAGAAAGAGAUGAAACUGUGAAGUGGAUUUUAUGGUCCUACACUAUUUUUUCAAACGUGGAGAUAGCUGACUAUGGGGGAUGGAGGUCAUGCAAUCCAGACUCUUUCACCUCUAGGAUGCCAGUUCAAAUCUACCCCUCCUGGGCCGAUCACAAGUCAUUUACCAUGUGCUGGGUGAGCUGUUCUGAGUUAAUAAUUAAAGUGCUUCCAGUGUGUAAAGUGUAAUAGUGUGGUAUUGUCAUCACUGUAUGGAGGUCUGUGUGAGAAGUUAUGCAUUUGCCAGUGGACACAUCACAAAAAAACCCUUUACAAAUGGCACGAAGAGAAAACCUUGAUAGCAGCAUCAGCAGAGAGGUCAAGGACUGAGUGAACUGUCCCCUCCCCCGACACUCCCUCAAGACAGGAAGACGGUUCAUUAGUAGGGCAGGGUGGGGAACAUAAGUGGAGAACUUCAGGCUCCAGCCCCACCACCACACCAAAAAAGCAGGUCACACAAAAAUAUUAUAUUUAAAAGACAUUUGAGUUAAAAAGCCCUUUAAUUUAUAAACAUCCUUUUUUAAAAUGUGCACAGCUUAGCAGAUUUUUUUAAUGAGUAUUGACCUUAAAAAAAAAAAAUCAAACAACCUCUUUGCCAGAUUAAGAGUCUCAAUGUUUUGCUUCAGCCGAGAGCGAACUUUUAUGGCCAAUUUAUAAAACCCAAGAAAAAAAGCAGAGUUUUCUAAUACAAAUGCUGACAAAACUCUAUCCAUAAUGCCACAAAUGGGCAAUGCACCGUGCACAAAAAAAUCCCACCAUAACCCAGAACUGCAUUUGGAGAACACAGAUAAAAGACCUGACUUGGGUCAUGUGACAGGUGUCACUUCAGUAAUGAUAUUGGGGGCAGAGAUAAAAGUCCUCUCACUCUGGUCAUGUGACACAGCUUCAUUACUCUCACAGCAGGUGGUCCGCAAGGCUCAAUGCCUUUAUUUUAUUUAUUUAUUUAUUCUGUGAUAAUGAGAAAAUGUUUAAACUCCCAUCCCUGUGUUUAAACACUUCUUCCUGCUGACAGCAGCGGGGGGAUCCCUUGAUCAACUGUCAGAUUGGAAAGUGCAAUUUUUCUGGAAAGUAAACAGCAUGUUUGCCAGUUGGAAAUAAUUUUCUGUUUGUUGGGACGGCUGGUGUUGGAGUGAGGGAGCCAUGUCAUGGCGUCUGACAAGUCAGGAAUGGGGAAUAAGAAACAAGCUAAAAAAUACCUUUUGUACUGUGCCUCUGAUAACAAGAGCCUGAGAUUUUUUGAUAUUUCACUAUUGUCAUGUGGUAAAAAUAAAAUCACUUAAGGAUUGUAUAUGGAAAACUUUUAAAGCAAUGGCUCAGACUGAGGAUGGACACGUGGGACCUACUGCUAGCUAAACCCACUGUGUUUUAAUAGAAACUUUCCCUCAUCUCAGGUAAUUAGCCAAGAUGGUCAGAGAUGCAACCCCAUGCUCUGGGUGUCCCUAAGCAAGGACUGGAUGACAGGGGAUGGAUCACUCAAUAAUUGCCCUGUUCUGUUAAUUCCCUCUGAAUAACAUAAAGGAGACUCUUGAGCUUCCAGCCCUCUAUGUGGGAUGAGACUACAAAGUGAAUUUUAUGGUCCUAUAUUAUUUUUUUCAAACCUGGGGAGCUAACUGGCUAUAGGGGAUGGCAUUGGCCACUGUUGGAGGACAGGAUACUGGCUAAAUGAACCACUGGUCUGACCCCGUUUCGCCAUUCUUAUGAAAAUGAAGUAGAACUAGAGAUGGUGCUCAGAUACUAGGUGAUGAUGAUUGUAUCGGGAAGGGUAUAUUACAUGGAUUUGACGUCACAGCAAUCAUACAACGCAGAAACCAUGAGGGUUAAUGGAAAUCAGUGGGAGUUUGGAGUGAAACAAGGAAUGUAGGCUUAGGUCCUAUGAUUACAGGAAUUAAACCCAGCUAUGAUGAUUGGUGUGUUAUGUCUGAAGUCAUAGGUACAUGAUACCAUGAAACUGUUCAUAACUGCCUUGGAAUCAAACAAAAUAUAACUUUAUGAUCUGUACAUUUUCUCUCUUCUGUUAGACAAAUAUCUUUUAAAUCAAUUGUCAUUAAAAAAAACUAAAGAUACACUGUGUAUAAGAUUUCCAUUAAAAAUUAUUGUUCAAAUGUACAUUCACACAGAGACUCACACGGCAUUGUAUAUGCAAACAGGAGGAACCAUGUUAAACUUGACUGCAAUAUUCAAUAAACUAAAUGGCACCAUUUGCUUACAAAUAAUUAUUAGAAGUUUUC